AUGCUUUGUGUCCGCAUCUUGCGUUGGAGCAAAGAGCAUUCGCAAGUCCAAACUGGAGAUGGAAAACACAAGCCCACGUCAAAGGUCCCUCAAUUGGGAGGCCCCAAGACUCAAAAGAGAAAGCAAGUCAACGAAACAGAACAGCGCCAGGCGAAAAUCCAAGAUGAAGAACACCGCUGUUCCUUUUUGUCGUUUCCUGUGUCGAUUCGCAGAUUCGCAAAUGCGGGCAUGAUGCCGGGCUUUGAGCUGCUCUGGCGCAUGCAAGUUGCUGCUCACCCGCAACCCCUGUCCCCUGUCGGACACGAGAUGGCACCUGGCCAAGAGUGCCCUGGUGUGCUGCCCGGCGGUGCCCUGAGCUGGCUCGUGGCUGGACAUCUGCUUUUGCCUGCCCCCUAG